AUGUUGAGUUCUAUGUGCUUUCUGUGGGAUAUUGAAUGUUCUUCGUAUGUCUAUUUCUACAUCAUCAUCAUUGUCCUAAUUGUCUGGCAAGUGCGUCAGAAUUACCGAGGAUUGAAGUGUGAACAUAAGAGAAGCUGCUGUCGGCGUCAUCAAAAAGUCAGGCAAAGGGCUAGAGAUGCAGCAUCAAGAGCCAGGAGACUUUCCCGGGAAGAAGCUGAGAAGCCAUGGGAGCUGCUCUCUAUCAUGAAAAGCCAAAGCUGGACCCCUAAGGAGGGAAAUGUGCGGCAGCUUCUGUGUGUAGAUCCCGGUUGCCAAAUCUGUGAGGCUGCAACUCUAGAGAUUCAGCAGUUGCUGCAGAGCGAGAGAAGCCAGCUCUCCCCUGCUCUGUUGGGACUGCCACACGGCUCUGCUUGCCUGGAGAUGCCCAUAUCCAGUGAGUCUUUUGAAUGGAAUACGGAACUUUAUGCCAGGCAGGCAAACUUUCCAGUGGUGCCUGGAGCCCCAACACUCACACACCUAACAGAACAGGUAACAGAGUCAACCAACACAGAUGGUGUCCAGCUUUGCUGGACCGAUCACCUUGAGGUAGGACAGGAAUUUCAUCCGGUAGACAUGCCCAUGGCCUCUGAGACUGUGGCAUCUUCAAGGCUUGAAGAGUCGGUGGCUUUAGUGAAUGGGGAAGAGACAGUGCACAGCAAUUUAAACUAUAUUGAGCAGCUCCAAGACCAUGAGGCAUUGAACUCACAGAUCCCUUUUCAGACCCUGACCCCACAAAUUACUGUCACACAUCCUAUGUCUGUGUCGAUCGUCACCGAUAUCCCCCAGCCAUUCCUCAGUCCUGAAGUGUUAAGGCUUCUGGAGCUACAUGUGAAAAAAUUGAUGCAUUUCCAAAGGUGGGGACUCCCCAGAAGAGUAGAGGAGUCCCUAAAGCAACUCAUGCCCAACCCACCAAUGUAUUUCCAGCCAGAACAUAACCAACCGGUUUCAUUUAUCCUGAACACUAGUUCUCAAGACUCUGUCCAUAGGUUUGGGGACAUUUCCCCCCAGACCUGGUACUCGUAUAUGGACGGAGAACCUAUCCAGACCUUUUGGGUUUCUGAGUGGUCUAGUGGAGACACAGUACAAAGACUACCCUGCAAACAAAUCUCUAGCCCUGUGGGGAAGCCCUUACUCACUCCUGACUAUGAGCUUCUCCACGGUCUCUGUCUACUGCCUGAGGGACAAGCUGAGGACUCCCAGAGCGAUCUUCAGAAGAAGUUCACUCAGUUAUUCUGUGGUCUCCCUUCUAUGCACAGUGAGUCCUUAGGGUCUACCUUCUUAUGCACUGGAGGUGUCUCCAAGGACACAUUCAAACCUUCCUACAAAGAUCUUCAUUUCUUGAAGGAGUCCCUGCCCUUUCCCCUACCCAGGCUAUCCCCUUCUCCUUCAUCCACUUCCCCAAAUGAGUCUUUGUAUCAAAGUGCUCAGACUGGCGUUCCAUUUCUGACUCUGUCAGAAUGUCAAACCUUGGAAUGGCAUCUUCUACAAAGACAGCUUCAGCUUCAGUGGGGUCUGCCAGCGUUCAUCCCCGGGUCUCCACAUGCACUGAGCCGCACGCAGUACAAGCCAUGUCAUAAAGCCAAGCCAUGUGAGACUUUAAAAGCCUCCCAGUCAGGAAGGUCCUUCUCAACCCUCACCAGAGAGCUUUUCUUCAUCCCACGGCACGCGCGCAGGCUGCUGGAAUUCCACCUCCAGAAGCAGCUGAUUCACCUCCGAUGGGGGCUGCCCCAGAGGAUCCAGCGCUCCAUUCAUAUGCUCCUCUCUUCUGACCAGCCUUCCCUGUCCUGCAGGGACAGCACGCUACCCAGUGCGAGCAUGCUACAGCCGGGGAAGCCAGAGGCCGAUGGGUCUGGUGACAUGUUCUCACCCACAGCGGGCGAAGAGCCAAUCCCCAUGCCACACUUGUUUGCCGAGGCAAGGGAAAUGUUGAAAAGCCAUGUGGAUUCCAAGUGUGAACAGAUCCACGAGGGCAAGGUCCCUGCUUGUGUCCAAAGCUCCUGGGAACACAGACUUUCUGGGAACUUGGCAGCAGGAACUCUGUUCCCAAACAUUCCACAAGGUCAGCCCCUGGAGCUACGGGCAGAAAACAACCCUGACCUACAUCAAGAAUCUGUUCCCUGGAAACCGAUGGUCCUUGACCAGGAGACGAAGGCCUUUUCAGGUGCUUUCAUUGAACACUGUAGGCGGCCCCAAGCCCUGUCUGAAGAAACCAUUAAGAAACUGGAGACAACUUUAAGACAUAAGUACUUGGCCUUCCUGUCAGGCCUGCAGGCCCUAUACUGUGUAGCCCCGACUAGAGCAACAUCCCCACUUGUUGACCAAUCCGUAAUCACAACUGCACUCAGGCCCGUCAAAAGCCCACAGAAGCCCCUACCUCAGAGGUCCCCAUCUGAAGGCCCAUGUUUGAGUGGGCUUGAGCCCUGGACUCAGGAUGACGAUGAGACCUCUGCAAACAUUGCAGAAGAGUUCCAGCGUGGAGUGCAGGUGUCUGGAAGGAGAGAGAAGGGGCCUCCAGAGAUACAGCCUCUCCUGAAUAGACCCUACUCCUUUAACACAGAGAUCACGGAGAGAUUGAAUUUUCACCUGAAAAAAAAGGUCCUAGAGAUAAAGCUGGGAAUUCCUCUAAAAGCAGGUGCAUUGCUCCAAGAGCCAAUUGCAGCAGAACCAGAGAGUAAAUCCAUACAGGAGCCUCUCGGGAGUCCACGUAUCUCAGAAAGAACACUGCUACAGGGACAGCCCACCUUCUGUGACUCUCCUCCAGCCCCAGAUCCAAAUAAGUUCCACCUCAAACGGCCAGAUACUGCAGUGCAGGCUGUAUUUCAGGAGCAAGGCCAACAGAGUUCCAAAGCAGUUCCCUAUAGUUCUGCCCAGCAGGGCCCCACGGCGUCACAAUUCCACAAAAAUAUGAUUGAGGCCCAAGUGCACUAUGUUCAGAUGGGGACCUGUGGGGAGAUGCUGGAUCUAGGGAAAUCCUUUAGCACUGGGUCCCAAAGCCCAGGCAAGAGUAAGUACUCAGGCCAUGUCCCUACAAUGACGGGCAAGAGCAAAAGCCCAGGGAAACCCAAGGCUGUGGGGGACCUUGGGGAAGGGGAUGCAGGUCUUGUGCUUUCCCUGGUCCGUCAGAAGACACACCAGGAUGGAGAGCAGGAACCAGAAAAGAAGCUCUUGCACAGAACAGCCCCGGCCUCCUCACAACAGGGCCACAACUUUCAUCUUGAGGGUGCCCGUCCACACAGCCCCCAGAAGCUCCCUGAGCUUGAGUUCCCAGAUCCACCUCCAGAGGUCUUUAUGGAGACAGACUCUGAGCAGGACACGGAAGACAGUCAAAGUGAGGAAUCCACUGUCCCGGAAGCUGCAAGGAUCGCUGAAGGCCCCCAGCCUGUGGCCUCCCAGGCUGCCCAGGGCCUUCCUUUCCCAUGCUCACCAACUCAGAGAAAGCCUUUUCAGGGCCAACCUUGUCCAGGUCACUUUUCACCGGGGCAUAUGACGCCACCGUCUCCUUACUCUAAGCCCAGCCGUCUUCCAGAGGCUGGCUUGAAAAAUAAGAUGAAAUUCUUUUUUCACUCUAUUAACCCCAAGAUAAAGAGCAAAACCCAAAUGGAACCAUCCAUGGUCUCUACACCUGGGAAGGUGACCAAAACCAGUAAAGAAAAUGUUGAAAGGGCUCUGCCUCAAACCAAGAGCCUCACCAAGAAAGCUAAGCCAGAGGACACCAGAGGGCCCAAGGCCCAGGUUUCGUCCUCUGAGAAGUCAGUGAUCUCCCCCUGUCUAACUCCUUCUCAUAUUCUAGACAGUAAGUUCUGGCCGCGCUCUCGACGGGUUGGCUCUGUCUCAGUACUGGGCCACCCUUACCAUUGCCCUCGGCACUGUCCUAAAUUGGCUUACGCCACUCAACAGAGAAACCCACCCUAG